ACAGCUGUCACCCAGUGCGGAACAAAUCUUCCAAAUUUCCCAAAUCUCCGUGGGCCGGAGGCCACCCUCUUCCUCCUCAUCUUCCUCCUCAUCUUCCUCCUCUGGGUGGUAUCCCGGUGCCCACCCGCGCGCCAGAGACUGCCCCAACCAUCAUGGAGGUGGCCGAGGUGGAGAGUCCUUUGAACCCCAGCUGUAAGAUCAUGACCUUCAGACCCUCCAUGGAGGAGUUCCGGGAGUUCAAUAAAUACCUUGCAUACAUGGAGUCUAAAGGAGCCCAUCGAGCAGGUCUUGCAAAGGUGAUUCCUCCUCGGGAAUGGAAGCCAAGACAGUGCUAUGAUGACAUUGAUAAUUUGCUUAUUCCAGCACCGAUUCAGCAGAUGGUCACAGGGCAGUCAGGACUGUUCACUCAAUACAACAUCCAGAAAAAAGCCAUGACAGUGAAGGAGUUCAGGCAGCUGGCUAACAGUGGCAAAUACUGUACUCCAAGAUACUUGGAUUAUGAAGAUUUGGAGCGCAAGUACUGGAAGAACUUAACUUUUGUGGCACCUAUCUAUGGUGCAGACAUUAAUGGGAGCAUAUAUGAUGAGGGUGUGGAUGAAUGGAACAUAGCUCGCCUAAAUACAGUCUUGGAUGUGGUUGAGGAAGAGUGCGGUAUUUCUAUAGAGGGUGUAAAUACCCCUUAUCUCUAUUUUGGCAUGUGGAAAACCACAUUCGCAUGGCACACCGAGGACAUGGACCUCUACAGCAUUAAUUAUCUCCACUUUGGAGAGCCCAAGUCUUGGUAUGCAAUACCCCCGGAACAUGGAAAACGACUUGAAAGACUAGCUCAAGGUUUUUUCCCAAGCAGUUCUCAAGGGUGUGAUGCAUUUCUUCGCCAUAAGAUGACACUGAUCUCUCCCUCAGUAUUGAAGAAGUAUGGCAUUCCCUUUGACAAGAUCACUCAGGAGGCUGGAGAAUUUAUGAUCACUUUUCCAUAUGGCUACCAUGCUGGUUUUAAUCAUGGUUUCAACUGUGCAGAAUCUACAAAUUUUGCUACAGUCAGAUGGAUUGACUAUGGGAAAGUUGCUAAAUUGAUUCAUGGACAGUGUGUAUCAUUAACCAGCAGAGGGCAGUGUCUCUUCACAAAUUUUUUUCCUGCAAAGUCUUGACAAGAGUGGGUUUCCCUAAUAGCAUUUGACCUAAUUUGACAUAUGGAGAUGUUAGAGAUAUUCAUUGAUUAUAAAUUUGUAAUUGAUAUGUUUCAUGUGGAAUAGAAGGUGAUAAAAAUGAAUAUAACUUAGUGUAGUAAGGGAUAUUUGUGCUAUUAUUUAUAAUUCUUCUAGAUUAGUUGUUUCUUAAAAGAAAUGUUCAUUUUAUGUGUAGGAAGUGUGUGCAUUUAGCCUAAAAUAUCAUCAAAUCGAAGUGCUUUUCUUUGUGAAAUGAAUUUAUAAUGCGCCCACGUCGGUUGCAAGUUGUUCGUGGGUUUGGCCCCUGCAUGUUGUAUAGUGCAGCUGCUGUGCAGAGGAGCAGUGUGUGCUCACUCACACAGCACAAAAAUGAAAUAAAAUUCACUGGGGGAGACUUACAAGCUGACAAGUAGCAGUGUGUGCAAGACUCUCCUAAGUCUCACGUCUUCCACGGUGAGGUGGCUUGAAUGGGGUGUAGCUGGGAAAGGGCUUCAGUGGAAGGACCCAACCUAGACCCCGUCAUGUCAUGCUCCUCUUAUUUAAAAGGAAAAGGGGGCAGAACACAUCCAUGAGCCUCCUGGGUGAGGAAGUAGUCUUUUUAGAAAUGGGAGCUUCUACCAAACAUUUAGGGACAGAUAUUCUCUUGAGAUAACUCAGACCUGCUGAGCUUGCUCUUUGCUAAGCUUUUGGAAGGUGACGGUAAAGAGCUUAGUUGGGGACAUUAAGUGGCAUUAACUUGUGAAGAGAAGACAUUUAAUUUAGACUGCUUGAGCUUGAGCUGGGUUGGUCAUUUAUAGGUAGUAUCCUUUUAGGCAAGAUUUCUUUAAGUUGGUAUAAUACUACUACAUUAUAGGUUUAGUUGUAAGGACAGGUGAUUAUUGUUAGUUACUGAAAUAGUGACUCCUACAUGUCAUGUAAUCAAUGCUUCUCUCUCUCAAGAAGUGUUGACAUUUAUUAAACUUUUAAAAUCAAUUUGAGGUCCCCAUCAUGUGAAAUUGUGCUGCAGCAGCACAUCAGUGCAUUCCUGCAUUUUGCUUCUCUGGUGUGCCCCAGGUACUAGUUGUAAGCCAAGACUCUUUGUUCCAUGAUGACACUUCUGGGGCAGAUCUGAUAGCCUGUCAUUAUUGGGCAGCUUCCACUGACGUACAUGCCAGCCACGGUACUAACUGUCCUUCAGAGUAGAACUGUGGGGGUACCCAGUGGGGGAGUGCAUUCUUAGCAUCUUGGUUCAGAGGGACUUUAAAUAGGUCAAGAUAUUUAUUCUUUGGUUUUCAUUUGGGCUGUGUCCAGAGCAUACUAAAGGACUGUAGUUCUGGAAUAAAUUUUCAUUGAGUCAGUCAUACAAGAGACACAAACUGUACUACUGGGAGAAAAGUUCAAAUGCUGAGACAACUGUUCUAAAAUAUCCCUUGUUUUGUUCUUUUUGUUUUUUUAAAUUGACCUCCUUUGUAAAAUAAAGCAAGAAUAUGAGACAUUUCGAAAAUGUAAAAAGCUACUUGAACAUAUUUGAAAGUAAAAAAUAUAAUUCUUUAAUUUGCUGGGUAUGUACACGCAAAGGAAAAGAGUUUGCUCUUCCACUGACCCGAGCUUUGCAUUUGUGGAAGGGGCUGUCCUUAAUUCUGUGGCUGUGGCUAAGAGAGCAGAUAUACAUAUGCAGAUGCAGGAAGAGGGGACUGAGAGCUGCGAAGAUCAGCACUUGCUCUCUCUACUGUAGCCCAGAAAGGCUUGAGAGUUCCAGGAAGUUCUUUACUCCUGCAGCUCCUUAAUCUGGCCAUGUGGUAACUCUCUGAUCUAGCACAUGCACUGGCACUGAUGUGUAUCGGGGAUAGAAAUUUUAUUUUACAAACUCAAGUUAUUCAGUAAUGGCCGUGAAAAAUGACCAAAGAUGGAAAUGGAUCUUUGCCACUGUCAGCUGUUUCAAAGAUUUCUUCUAUUAAAUGCUGUACCCCAAACUAUAGAGUGCUCUUCAAUUUUUAUAUAAAAAAUAAAAUACCUUAAAUAUAUACAAUUUUAAUUAAAAAAUAUAAACAUGUAAAUAAAAUGAGGUAAAAGACCUUGGAAAAUUAUAUAAGAUGAAAUAGCAAUGUAAAUUGGAAUAGAAAAGACAGCCUUUGAAAUAAAAUAAAAAUCAUUUCAGAAAAAAAUAAAAAAAUUAAAACUCAGGGGUGCCUGGCUGGCUCAGUCGGUAGAGCAUGCUACUCUUGCUCUUGGGGUUUUAAGUUUGAGCUCCAUGUCAGAUGUAGAGAUUACUUAAAAAUAAAAUCUUAAAAAAAUUAAAACUCAAAAGUAUGCUUUCAUUUGUAUUUUUCAUAUAGCAGUAAAUCAUUUAAUGAAGCAAGUAGCUAAAUAUGUGCUUACAUUUUAAAAGCUUCAUUAUUUUAGGGUGUGUUUGACAGAGCAAAAGAGGGUGAACAUGGAUGGCAGGUAGGAGGAAAUAAAUUGAGAUUUCUGUCAUGUCAAAACAAAAUUUUAUAUGGCUGAAAUAUUUCAUGUUAAACAUAUUGAAAGAAAAUGUAGGAGAAUAUUUAUUUGAUCCUUGGGUUGAGGAGGACUUUCCAAGCGGGAUCCAUUGGUGGAUACCAUGAAGGAAAAGACAGAUUUGAAUGGCAUUUUGAAAAAUUGCAAACUAAAUAAACAACUACUGUAUAUAUACCACUUGCAUUACAGGAGAGAUGGGGUUAAUAUUAAGCUGUAGUUGUACUACUUAAACGACUUAAGCUGUAGUUGUAAUUAAUUCCUAAAUGUUACUUAAUAACAAAUUAAUUGAAAACAUAUUUAGUCAAAUAUUGAUAUAAUUUGGGGGCAGAAUGUAAAAUUUAAAGGAUAUUUAAAAUAAAACUGGAUAUUUUAAGGAAAUUUGUCAUGUCUGAGAUGCUGGUUGGUGUUUACUUUUAGAUGCUAUGGGGCUAUCAGUGUUUCUUUGCCAUUAGGUGUAUACUUUAGUGGUUAGGUUUGAGAAGCAAUGCCACUCGAAUAUAUAAAAGAACCUCUGUGGGUGCCUCGGUGGCUCAGUCAGUUAAGUGUUAUUAGACUCUUGGUUUGGCUCAGGUCCUGAUCUCAGGGCAGUGGGAUCGGCCCCUCAUAGGGCUCUGUGCUGAGCACGGAGUCUAUUUUGAGACUUUCCCUCCCCUUUUGCAUCUGUCUGCCUUCCCCUCUGCUCCUCACUGCUCCCCCAACGUGUCACGUGCUCUCUCUCUAAAAUAAAUAAAUAAAUAAACAAAUAAAUAAAUAAAUAAACAAAAUCUUUAAAAAAGAAAAGAACUGCUCAAUUUUUUAAAAAGAUUCAUUUAUUUUAGAGAGAGUGAGAGAGAGAGAGCACAAGGGGGAGGGGCAGAAGAAGAGGAAGAGAGGAACCCAAGCUGACUCCACCCUUAGCACGAGCUGGAGGUGGGGUUGGGGUUUGAUCCCACGACCCUGAGAUCAGGACCUGAGCCAAACCAAAAGUCAGAUGCUCAACCAACUGUGCCACCGAGGCACCCCCAAGAACCUCUCAAUCUUAAUUUAUUAAUAAUUAUCAUAGCUAAAACUCAGUAAGCCUUUACUUUGUGUCAGGUAUAAAACUUUACUUACACAUAUUCAUCCAAUUUUUACAACUGUUGUGUAAGAGAGGUAGUAUUACUACCCCCAUCUUAUAGAGGAGAAAUAUGAGGUGCAGCUGAGGGUCAGUCCACAUUUAAAGUAGAAAAAUUGGGGGCGCCAGCAUGGCCCAGUCAGUUGGGGCUCCCACUUGGGUCAUGAUCAGGGGUUGUGGGAUCACGCCCCAUGUGGGGCCCCGCGGGGAGGGCGGGGGAGAGGUGGAGCCUGCUUGGGAUUCUCUCUCUGCCCCUCCUGUGCGCCCUAGCACACCUGCGUGCAUGUUCUCUCUCCCUCUAUCUCUCAAAAAAAAACAAAAGAGAAACAAAAACAAAACAAAAAGCUGGGUAAAAGGCAAUUCAUCAAAGAAAAAUAUAGUAGCUAAUAAUCACAUAACCUUAAUCUAAUUGUAUUAGUAGUCCUAGAAAUGCAAAAAGGUGAGUGUUGUUUCUCACCUCUCACUGGCAAAGGAGACAAAUGAAAACAUCCAGUGUUGUUAAUGCCUAUGCAAAUUAAUACAAACUUACAAGAUGCCCAGGCCGUCAGCCUUGGAAAUAAGUGUGUCCUGUGACCCUGUACUCCACAUCUGGGAAUAUGUCCUGUGGAAAAAGAGAAAGUUGCACCAGGAUGUACUUAUUUGGAUAGUCCUUAUAGUGUUGAUUAUGAAACUGAAAAAAUGGUAGUAAGUAAAUGUCCAACACUGAGUGAUGGUUGAAUAAUUUAUGGUACAUCCAUCCAUGAUGUGCUGAUCAGUGUGAAAAAUGACGUGGGUGUGUAAUUAUUGAUAGACUGGCGCUUAUAAUAUACUGCCAAGGAUUAAAAGCAGAUUACAAAAUAAGAUAUUUUCCUUUUUAUAUGUGAAAGUACAUAUGCAUUGGUGCCUGGGUGGCUCAGUUGCUUAUGUGUCUGGCUCUUGAUCUUAGCAUGGGUCUUGAUCUCAGGGUCAUGAGUUCAAGCCCCACGUUGGGCUCUGUGCUGGGCAUGGAGGCUACUUAAAAAAAAAAAAAAAAAAGAAAGUACGCAUGUAUUAUAAAUUAUAGAAGAGUAUUCAUUAAAUUUUAGCAUCAUCAUCUUUGAGGGGAUUGCAAUUUUAUUAUUAUAUUUGUACAGCAACUGAGUAUUACAUGUGCAAUUAAAAAUGAAAAGUUUAUUUUUAAAAAGAAGUGUCUCAUUGUAUUUUUCAUGUAGUUAUAGAUUUCAAAGUACUGAAUUUACUUAAAAUUAAGUGUAGAUCUACUGGUGAAGUGCUUUUAGAAUGGAGGCAAAAACACAAGAGCAGUAGCUUAGGAAAAUAUCCAAGAUGAAGAAUUUGAUAGAUCAGGGUAUACAUAAUUGGCUAGAUUUGAGGCUUUGGGUAAAUUACUUGUUUUCAGCUUCAAAGAGGAGUGUAAAUAUCAAUAAUCCCUGAGUGCAUAUAACUGUAUCUAAUAUUUAUAGUGAUGACUGUGGGCUGUUAAGUUAAUGAUUUUGAUGUAUUGCAUAUCCUGAUUAAAAAGUAAACAAGUAUAUUAGGGAAUGUUAGAAAUAAUAGUGUCAAAUAGUUGAAAUUCAUGCCUACCCUCCUCAUUGUACAUUUUACUUCCUACCUGUGCUAGAUAAAUCAGGCAUGUUUAAUAAUGUUCGCAAUUGUAUACAAAUGUUCAUAUUUCAAGCAAAAGCAGGGAUUUGACAAAUCUCCUGGAUCUCUAAAAUAAUUUAUUAUAUCUGGAAUCUUAAUUAAAUUUUUUGUUGUUGUGGAGCUUUUUUUUUUUUUUUUAGAUAUUUGAAAGGUGUAUUUAUGAAUCUACAUGACCUAGGGCUAAGGACAGUUGCACCUCCUGGACACUACCCCUGGAGAGAGGAAACCUCAACCCAAUCCAACCCCCUCCCCAGCUCUGAGCUCUUAGGUGAUGUGACUCUUCUUCAGUGCCUCUCCCCAGCUUUUGUCUGGGGCUCUGGCUGGGUCCGGUUCCUAGGUUAAAAGUCUGUGAAUGAAUAAGGUGGGAACCUGGUUCUGAAAUUCCUUGCCAGCCGAUCUUUCUUUUUUCAAGGUUUUCCCCAGGAAGUUGGGACAGAAUGGGCAGGUGAAAGGUGACCUGUGGGAAUAGGUUUUCUCAAGGUGCAGACAGAGCAGGGAGGGCCCUGCACAGUGCUUUCCUGUGACCUGUCAGCCUUAUUCCUCCCCCUGCCAUCCCUCACUUCUUUAUAGCCCUUUUCUGGGAAUUCUGUUGCCCCUUCCCCGUUUGAUGAAUAGUGUGUACUGCAGGGCUCAGCUAUGGCAGGCAGCAUUCUUGACCCCUCAUGUGCAGGUUAGCAGGCCUCCUAUUUGUCUUCUGGGGUUAUUCUGCAGGUUACAUAAGAACAGGUAGUGCUUGUGUUCCUUGCAGUGCCCUGUAAGCUGCUGUUCUCUGAGGCAGAGUUAUAGGAGCCCACACAGUCCUGGAAUUUGAUGUAGGAAAGACAUUAGGGUUUGAAGCCAAUGGCCAAGAAAGAAUUCUCGAGAUGUCUUUGGUGCAAAAAGCUGGUUUUAUUAAAGUACGGGGACAGACUUGUGGGCAGAAAGAGCUGCACCAGCGUUAUAAGGAGUGGCCUAUUAUAUACUUUCAAGUUGGGAGGGGGUUAGGGAGAGCAUAAAUCUCUAAGGAAUUUUGGAAGCAAUGUUUCCAGGACCUUGAGGGGGCUAGCUAUUGUUGGGAAAAGGUCAUUUAUUACCGUCUAAUAAAACCUUAGUACUGAGACCCUUCAGAUGUAUAUCGGUGAGCCAUAUGCUUGAGGGAUGAUUGCCAACAUGUAUUUUGGGGGGGUUUAGAGAUAAAGGAAAUUUCUAAAGGAAUUUUUAUAUGUUAAAGUAGACUUACAGGAUCCUGGGGGUCGGGCUAAGGUUGCUGUUUGAGUCCUAGAAGAAUGUCACUCUGUUUCAAGGACUUGUCAGUGGGCUCUAGGUAGUAAGGAAAUUUAAUAAUUUUUCUUCUGCCUUUGUUUCCCACAUCAUUAUUCACUGCAGAAGGAACACAGAUACUUUGGCGAAGCACAACAGAUCAGAAUAGAAAUGCACUUUAAUGUAUGUGAAUGGAGUAGGUUGAA